CCCGGACCCUCGGUGGUCGGAAUCCCUGGUUGUUGCGCCCGGGAGGUGACGUCACAUCCGCCGGCUGGCUCAUAUUGCGCGUGCGCGAAGGGGCUGGCCCUCUGCUGGAUCUGGGACGAUGGCGAAACGCACCAAGAAGGUUGGGAUUGUGGGCAAGUAUGGCACCCGGUACGGAGCAUCCCUCCGCAAAAUGGUGAAAAAGAUCGAGAUCAGCCAACACGCCAAGUACACCUGCUCCUUCUGUGGGAAGACGAAGAUGAAGAGGAGAGCUGUUGGAAUCUGGCAUUGUGGGUCCUGCAUGAAGACAGUAGCUGGAGGAGCCUGGUCCUACAACACGACCUCAGCUGUCACUGUGAAGUCUGCCAUUCGUCGCCUCCGGGAGCUGAAGGACCAGUGAAUGUCAGCCAUUGGGAGUAUCUAAUUUUCAGCUGUUUGCCUGCAACCUACCUAAUAAAAGGUUUAAAUACA